CCUCUAUGGCCAUUAUGACGCUACAGCAUAUAGCAAAUAUUAGACGGCAUAACCUCACAUUAACAGAGUGGAAGUAAAACUGGAUGAAUGUCUUGUUGCAAAAGUCCCGGUUUCGGAUAACUGGUAGGUAUACUGCACCAUGACGGCGAAGGAAGGAGCCGAGCCAGAUGCGAAUUUGUGCAUAAUGAAACCGCAUUUGGUUUUACAGAGAAAGGUGGCCUUUGGCAGUUGCCAAGAGCGGCCUAUAUUUCCAACAAAAUACGCCCAUGACAGGAUGGGCAACAAGAUGUUGCUGAAGGGUCCUCCACACCUGGGCCCUGGUUGCUAUGACAGCCACAACUGGGGCACCAUAGCUUAUGAACUGAAGAGGCCAAUAAGCAAAGGAUAUACCCUGGCAUCCCGGACUUCCAUACGCUUUCCAGAUGUAAAAGAGUCCACCAGUCCCUCGCCCCAGACGUACCAGCAGGACUGGGUGAAGCCCAGACGCCAUGCUCCGUCCAAGGUCCCGUUCCACUCCUCCGAACCCAGGUUCCGUUCUGCGGCCGUGACCCAGGACAUCACCCCUGGGCCAGGGUCAUACAGCCAUGACACUGUCCAGGACAGGAAGGUGGUCUGGCCAAUGAAAUUUGGCGCUACAAACUGGGAUCUCGUCGUCCAACCAAAGAAGGUCACUCUAAGGACUGAGGCCCCGUCUGAAAGGGAUUUCAAGAAACAAAGGGAUAAAGUGGCACAGCUUAGCCUGUACUACCCUUGAAUCCACGCCCUAAUCAAGACCCGUGUCUGCAUCUGGAUGGACACUCCCAGCACAUUAAUCUCUCACUGUUGAGAGCAACCCCCCUCCACCGUGACACAAGCUAGCCUUUUCCCUCCACUGUUUUUUUCAUUUCUUGAUGAUAUAAUUUCUGAGUUAUUCAUAUUCCAUAAACCCAUGUCACUGUAAAAUGUUUGGUCCAAAUAAAUGUGCUGUAACAACCAUCACUGACAA